UUGUCAAUACAGGGAAAACUAUAAUUUGACAUCGUCAGCUGUUUGACAUUGACACUUGAAAUAAUUGCUAUAUUUUACUAAUUACUAAUCUGUGGAUUGUUUUUACUGAAAAAAAGUGAUUUUUAUCGUUACGACAUUUAUUCUUUACCUUCGGUUUAUUAAUUCAAUUUCAAUUAAAAAACAUGGAAAAAGAUCUUGACAAAGUUAUAGAGGAGAUCAUGUCAACACCGAACGUCAAUGGAUGUUUAGUAGCUGAUCAUCAAGGUCUGUGCCUUGCAGCCAUGGGAUCAGCUCACGUUGACGCGGCGGGUGUCAUUGUAGCUAUAUCAGACCAAGCGUGCAAGAUACAGCCUAAUUUAAAACCGCCCACAUUGUGCCUGGAGACAGACAAAAAGCAGUGCUUGAUCCAAAGGCACGGUACAAUUACAGGCGCUAUUUACAAGCAAAAAGCAUAGUGAGUCAUUAAAAUUUCUCCUAUUUAUUCCUCCUUUAGUAUAAAACGUCAGGAACUCGACGGCGCUCCGUCCAUUGGUCCUGGCUACAUCUGCAGUUGUUAACAUCAAUCUGCACUGAGCUAACGUUGGUGUUUCAUGGUCCAUUCUCCUUCGACGUAUUCAUUUAAUCCUAUCCAUAGGCAAGAGCUAAGACCUAGCAAUGAAAUCAUUAAUAGGCUGGUGAUUAUGAUGAUAAAAAUGAGGUUAAUAUGUACUGAAUAUAUUUUACAUUUUUCGCAAUUUUAAUAGAGAUGGCAGAAUGAAAAACUACAUUGAGCAAAAGCUCAAUAUUCUUCAUAGUAAUUCUAUGUUUCUUUUUUUAGGUUCGCCCUGCUCUUUAACUGAUGACUGAAUACUGAAGGUGUUGAUUUCAAUUAUGCCUCAUCAAUAUCUCAGUUUAUAGG